ACGGUUCAGAACGUUGUUGAUUUUUGGAAAUGUAUAUAGCAGUGGGAUUAGUGUUGAUAUGUUUCGUGGUGCUCGCUGUGUGGUCGACUUGGUUCAAGCAGAGACCUGAUGCACCUGCAUUGAUGCCAGGGUCUCUCCCGAUUAUUGGACAUUCCCAUCUCAUUAUCGGAGACCGUAAACAUCUCUGGAACUUUGUGCGGCAUGUCAACGAAUCAUCACUCGAGCACGAUGGAGCGAUUGAAUUGUGGUUUGGACCAAACAGAUAUUAUGUGGUAACGGAUCCAGAAGAUUGUCUUACUCUAGUCAAUGCAUGCUAUAGUAAACCUUACAUCUAUGGUUUUGCUAAGGAAUUUUUAAAUAAUGGACUGAUUACCGCAGAUGUUUCUGUUUGGAAAAACCAUCGUAAAUUAUUGAACCCAGCUUUCAACCAGCAAGUUCUGAACACAUUUGUUAAUGAAAUGAACGUGCAGUCUCGAAAUCUCGUCUUGAAUUUGCAAAAUGAAAUUGGAAAGAAACCUUUUGAUGUUCGACACUACUUGAUUACCUUCACGUUGUCAACUAUUAGCCGAACUUCACUCGGUUUAACAGCUCAAGAACAAAAGCAAAUAGACAAAGAUUAUGCUGUGGCUAUCGAAGAUUUAUUGGCUCUGUACUGUGACAGAUUUCAAAAAGUAUGGUUGCAUAUCGGUUUUAUAUUUAGCUGGAGCGCGUUAAAACGCAAACAAGACAAACUUACGACAACACUGAAGAAUAUUAUGAAUCCUAUAAUAUUAAAAAGAAAAUCUGAGAUGAAUACUAAAACAGAACCUAUUUACUAUGACGAUGCGCCCGGCAAAUUUAAACCAGUUCUGGAUCAGAUGCUUCAAAUGUCUCAUGAGCAAGAUGUGUUCAGUGUAGACGAUAUCAGAGAACACUUAGACACUUUAGUAGCAGCAUCAUAUGACACGACAUCUUCAGCAUUGAGUUUCAUACUAUUGGUGAUUGCAUCUUAUCCAGAAGUGCAGGAUAAAAUUUACAAAGAGAUACAAGAAGUAUUACAGAACAUGGAAGAUGAUUUUACAAAACACGAUCUACAGAAACUUGUAUAUUUAGAAGCAGUCAUGAAAGAAACUAUGAGAUUGUACGUCGCUGUUCCAAUUAUCGCUAGACAAAUCGACGUGGAUGUUAAACUGAAAAACUGUACCGUUCGUGCCGACAGUACUGGUAUUAUUGGCGUGCACGCUCUUCACCGUCACCCACUCUGGGGUCCUGAUGCAAAUGAGUUCAAACCAGAGCGCUGGUUGGACCCCAGCACCUUACCGACUAAUCCUGUCCUUUUUGCCGCCUUCGGUAUUGGCAAACGAAACUGCAUAGGAAAAUUGUUCGCGAUGCUGAUGAUGAAGACGGCACUAGCACACAUAAUUCGAAAAUAUCAAAUUAUUGGUGAUAUCCAUAAUGUAGAAUGUGAAUUUGAUGUAGUUUUGAAACCAGUAACAAAUCACCAUAUAGAAUUAAAAUUAAGAUCAUAGAGUUGUACCAAAAAGGCUGUAUCGCAUAUAGUUAUUAUAGUUAAUUAAUAAAUGGAUGGUGGUCUGUAAGACGAUAUGGAAAUAUAUAUCAUAAAUCACGCUACUGUAACUAAAGUUGAAAAAAUUGUAAAAGAAUAAUCAAGUUUGUGUAAAUAGUGUUGAAAAUUGCAAUUAAAAGGCAAAGUUCUACGAAAAAUAUGAAAAUUCAUCAAAAUC